AUGGAGGAGUUGCAGUAUGCUGAUCCGCCACCAGAGAAGGAAACAAAAUCACAAGACUAUGACAAGUUAAUAGACAAUAUUGUUACCAUUGUUGAAAAUUCAUACGUAUGUCCAUUUGAUACAUCUUUCAGUGACUACUUUUGUAUGUAUUGCAGAGUAGUUUUUACAAAUCCAAAUAAACUACGCGAACAUACAUUGACACACAAUCCAAAGACAUUCAAAGAAAUUGUUACAAACUACUCUAUGAAUAAAAAGAUUCAAAUUGAUAUUGACAGAAUUGACUGUCGUCUGUGCGCUGAAGUGAUUAGUGACAUUGACGUUUUCAAAAGCCAUAUCACGUCACACGGAAUGACAAUUCACAAUAUAGAAGAUGAUUUCCUGAAGUUCAAAUUGAAAUUAGACAAUUUGUGCUGUCUCGAAUGUGGCAAGACCUUUGGUUUUUUUCACGCGUUGAAAAAGCAUAUGGCGGAACAUUUUGGAACUUGUAUUUGUGAUGUAUGCGGCGCGCAUUAUUUUGAGGAGAGAAUGUUAAUUUUACACCAAAAAACACAUCAACGUGUAGAUGAAGUUUUCAAUUGUAAAGAGUGCGGGAAGAAUUUUAAAUCUAAAUAUACUAGAUACAUACACAUAGCACGCACUCACAAAAAGGAGUCUGCGUACCAGUGUCGUAAAUGCGACGAAGUGUUUUUCUCAUAUACAUUAAGAUAUCGGCAUAUGAUCGAUUAUCAUGGCGAAGAGCGAUUAUUUAAGUGCGAUCAAUGUGACAGGUCUUAUGACAGUAGAAAGUCCCUAAGGGAGCAUAUCAGACGGACGCACUUAAAAAUAUUAAGACACGCCUGUAUGAUGUGCGACAAACUGUUCUAUUUACCGUCAAGGUUAAAGGAACACGUCAUGACAAGCCAUACUGGCGAACGGAAUUUUCGGUGUGAAUUUUGUGGGAAAAGUUAUCCUAGAUUAAGGGGCCUGAAAGUGCACGUGCAAAGUGCGCACGGCACAGAGAAAAAACAUAAAUGUAUGCUGUGCAAUGCUGCGUUUACGAAGAAUUUUUAUUUAAAAAGUCAUGUUAAGCGGCAACACGGCGGUAUGGAAGGUGACAGCGAGCCAUUUUUGACACCUGUCAGUUAA